AUUUCUCGUUCAAUAACCACCAUUAACCAUCCUUCAUAUCCUAUUCGAUUUUUAAUCCUCGAUAGUCCAACUGAAUCCUCGUUACCAGCCUAUCUUAAUGAGUUUAUCCAUUUAAACGUUUCAACUGUCGUUCGAUGCUGCCAACCUACGUAUAAUUCUCAAAUACUUCUUCAGCGAGGCAUUUCAGUCAUUGAUUUACCUUUUAAAGAUGGCUCUAUCCCUCCUCCUCAGGUGGUUCAUCAGUGGUUAAAUUGUAUAAAUAAAGCGAAACUUAGUAUAGAGACACAAAAACAGCAACAGCAGCAGCAAUAUCAACAACAACAACGAUUGACAAUUGCCGUUCACUGUAUAGCAGGAUUAGGUAGAGCUCCCGUCUUGGUUGCUAUCGCAUUAAUUGAAUUAGGCAUGUCUCCCUUGGAUGCUAUGGGAUAUGUUCGAGAAAAGCGUCGAGGCUCCUUCAAUAAAUCUCAAAUUUCAUUUCUUGAUGAAUAU